AGAUCAUUCUCGCCAGGCCGAAAACUCUUCUUCUAUUUGUCCGUCCGCCCACUGUCCACUCAUUCUUCCUCUUUUCUUUCACCUUUCUGUCGUCGCCCAAUCGCCCACCGUUUCAACUUCUUUUCCUUGCCUAUCCAAUCACCUCACCUUACCUCUUGCCCUCCAUCCACUCAGACGUUCCUCACCUCAGUGCCCUUGUGGUUCACGUGGGGGGCUUCGUAUUGCGACACUCUUCCCGCCUUGUCGACCAGUGACCAGCCCCCAACAAGCCUUCAACCAAAGCUGGUCGCCGAAUCACCUCGCUCGAUCUUCGCGCUCGACUUGAUUCGACUGCUUCUUCAACCAGAUCCACGUUCCUGGUAAACAAGCACGACCUAUCAGUGACGGCGACCGUUCAACGACGCCUGGACAGUAGAGCCUCGCCUUCAUCGUCGACACUGGAAGAUCAAGCCAGGAAAAUCCUGCAACAGGAGCUGUUAGGUGUGAUCUCAUCAGCUCGGAUCAGCCCAAAGCAGGCAAACGCCGCUUUGCUGCUCGCUCUGAUCUGAUCCCAGCCCUGUCCGACUGCCAGCGCUGCAGCCCACCAUCUGCGGCAAAUCUCCCGCUGCUCACCGCUAACACACAAUCACCCUUCCACCCACAUCACCGGUCGACCGACUCCCAACUCCAACCGGUCCCGGUGUUCAACUACCCAGCGCUUCCAACCACCCUACUCUCUUCUACCAUUUCAUAGUCGCGUACGGAUACUGGUAAUUCUCUUUGCGACCGGCUUGCGACUAUCUCGCCGACGCCAUAUCGGAACGCGCAAAACUUAGAAAUUGUCCAUCUCGUUGCCGCGAUUUGGCGCGCGAUUUGUAGAGCCGAAACGACAUCAGCUCCGGCCAUUGUGGUUGCUGCAUACCGUGCAACAAACCCUCGCGAAAGACAUCUGACGUCGCCAAAAGAACAAUCCCAACAAGAAUCGCGUACAAGAAUAGAUCCCAGUCCAGCUUCAUUGUGGGACACGGACUAGAGCCCGGGAGUCGAAUCGCAGCUUACCUGCCCUUUCCGCCCUCGAAUCAUUCACCUUCGCCGCCGCCGCAACUCAGUCAAUCCAAUCCCACCUGCGCGCGCGCGUCUCAAGCUUCUGGAAAGCGAGUGGUUGCUAGAAACGUCAACAGAAGCAUCGCGACUCUCGUCCACCGAGACCGUGGGUUUAGUUUCGUCGCAAGAGCUGGCACACAGCCGAACCGGAAAGCUUGGGAUCAGGCAUCGUCAACCCGCGCCACACUUUGCCCUUUCGCACUGCCCACGCGGAAAAGAAGUGACAACACAUCAUCAAGCGCAGCACUACGCCAACCCCAGCUCAGGUUGCUGCAAAGUAGCCCAAAACGAGGCGAAUCCUGCCCGCUGACGACACUUGCUAGAUCAUCAGCGACCUAGUUUCGCCUCAUUUGUUGACUCGAUUCCGUCAAUAUAGUGGAGAGGUGGUCAGUCUUUCGUCUUGCUCAAACGCUCGUUGCAUAAUCUUGCUCGUCGAGCCGUCAUCGCUCCAUUCUACCGCUCCUAGACCCUCCUAUCAGAGUGCCUAGGUACCAUUGUGCUGCUUUUCAAAGCACGAUACCCCCCCGAAAGAGCGCGUUUCAGCCAUCACCUCACGCCUUGUUCCUCUCAACCGUCACGCUUAGUCUUCGGAGUCCUGCGUCUUCCCGCACGCGCGACAUUGAGGCGGCCAGCAAGUCCCCUCCACGGGCCGCAACCUUCUUUUUCCGCAGCCGUGCGACUAGAACAGAGAGAACAGCUUGAGCUUCCUCAGACUUCACAUUCAUCAUGGAAUAUCCUCCGCAAUAUCAGCAGCAUACUCAACAUCCACACCUGCAGGGCGGGUAUCAAACUUCGCCCCAGAGCGCAGGGCCCGGGACUCUGCAGUCUCCUUCCAGUGGUCAGUCGCACUUGCAACAACACAACCCCAACCAAGCAUCCCCCAUCCUCCCAUCGCAGACCCAGAACCAUUACCAACCUCAAACAGCAAGCGGCGCUCAUCAAUCGAUGGGUUACCAAUAUGGAAUGGGUCCCGCGAUGACCCAGGGAUAUGGUAUAUCUCCCACGCAGGCAGCUGCGAUGGCAACAGCAGCAGCAUCUGGACAAAUGCCUCCACUAUCAUCCGGAGUAAAUAUGCCUCAAGGCUCACAGAUGGGACAACAGAGAAGAAUGAGCCAGCAUAUUACCAGCCCCCACGGUCAAGUUUCACAACCGGUGAUGAACCAUAACAUGCCCAGGCAAUCUGUACCUCCGGCUAUGCAACCUCCACAACAACCGGUUCAAGCCCCCGCAGAAGAGAUUGUGGCGGGAGGAGUCGAAGAAUCGCCUUUGUACGUCAACGCCAAACAGUUCCACCGCAUCCUCAAACGGCGCGUUGCUCGACAAAAGCUUGAAGAACAACUCCGCCUCACAUCAAAGGGUCGCAAGCCGUAUCUCCACGAAUCCCGUCACAACCAUGCCAUGCGACGACCUCGUGGGCCCGGAGGCCGAUUCUUGACAGCCGACGAAGUUGCUGCACUGGAAAAGGGUGAGGCGGGUCCCAACGGCACCCCUGCAACCACCAAGAAGGUCGAGAACACAAAUUCCGGUACCAAGAGGAAAGCUGGACCUGAUGACAAUGAAACACCAGUCAAGAAGUCAAAGAUCAGCGGCGAAAGUGCAGAGGACGAAGAGGAGGAUGAGGGCGAGGAGGAUUUGGGUUAGCACUGGAAUUGAUUCCACCGUGCUACCUCUUCUCUUUCUCAGUCUCUUUUGUCUUGCAUUUGAGGAUUGCCAUGUUAGCAAGCGUUGUUCAGGUUGUGGACGGGUUCAUGGUCUCGGCAAGAUCGGAGGCCUUUUCUUUAUUUGGACCUCAUUGGUCUUGCUAGGAUAAUCUUCAUUGCUUUCCUUUGUUCAUCGACUACGAACCUUCAGAGAGAUAUGGGCUCACGCCAGGUUAUGCCUUGUCAUACCAACCGACCAAAGUACUACCACCGAAUACGCCAGAAGUGUUGCGAUCUUGUUGCCAUCACCACUGUUGGCCAAAGAUUGAAAUUGCGAGCAGUUGACCACUCGAUUGUUUAGAGCAACACCUUUUCCACUGUCAUUUCAGAUUGCAUGUUGUCUCGAUUCUGCGAAUAAAGUCCUCGAUGGGCCCGACACCGGAAAAAAAAAUAACCAGAGGGAAGAAGGGAGGGUGUGACUGAGACCGGUCGUUGGCCGAUGUGACAAUUGACAGUAUCUUUGUCUUGUCAUGAGCCGCUCGCUCGCUCCUCUACAUCAACCCAGCCACCACCAAGAAAUCUAGAUUGUUGAUCACCUCACCGUGAAGAAAUAGCGAUUGGAAGGCAGGACCAUCAGAGACGGGGAGGAAGUUUUGAUACUCUUGUCCUUGAAAGCGGACAGCUACGCGCACUCUUUUCCAUUAUUGCACAUCAGGUAGUGGUUUAAACUACUCCUGACUAUCCCUUGCAUUGAUACUCUUUUUUUUUCUCGCCACCGACUUCCUCCCUCACGAUCGUUUCACGGCUGACGAAUUUCCUUGAAUGUUUUUGUUGUUGCUUGUCCCAUUCGACUAUGUUUGAAUCUGGUUGAACAAAUUGUUGCAUUGCGAGGGAAGGAGGAUGGAUUCAAGGAACAUGUGUAGAGAGCACCACCACGAGGGUGGGCUUGAGGGUCGAUUCUUCUGGACUUGUCAGGCUAGCUCAACAAAGACGAUUAUCCACCGCCGGGAGCGGUUUGGAAUGGACGACUAUUUCUUUCCCGUCUCGACAAAUCCCGAAAAUCUUUUCUUCUCUUCGUUUUCGGUCAUGAGUAAUGGUCACAUCACGCAACUGGGGGGAAAGGGGAAAAGGUCCGAGGCCCGAGGCCAGAUACUCUGUCUUGACAGUGUCGGACGAGGACGGAUUGGGAAUGGGGAUUGGAAUGGGGUCGGGGAGGGUGGGAAAAGAGAGAGAAUGAGAGAGCGCGAGGGAGAGUAGGGGGUCACAUAUUGAUGAUGGGUUUUUUUGUACAGAUUGGCCGCUUCGAGUCAGCCAUUGAAUUUGCUGCAUUUGGUCCGUUUUCUAUAACUGUUUGCCUGUUUAAAUUCAAUUCUAUACAAGCUUAUUAUUGAAA